CUUGCAUUACAGUUCAAUAUCGCGUAAUGUCGACGGGUCGCUUGUCAAACUCGUCUAUUAACCUCACAAACUUUUAUAUUUCACUGAAUAAUUGACAGUCAAACAUAAUUCAUAAAUCGUAAUGAUACCAUAUUCCAACGAAUCGUGCGAAAUAUAAAACUAUAGGCAGAAAACUAAUUCGCGAGUGUAAAUCGAACGAAAACAACCUUAUCGUGCCGUAAUUACCGCGCACCGUCAAGAUUCCUCUGACAAUAAUAGAGAAUAUCACGAUAUUUAAGUUUAAAAAAUGUCUAGUGCAAAGAUCAUCGAAAAUCCAGAAGUACCGGGAUUGGAAUGUUUUUUACCGCCACCUCCACCACCCCCACCACCAAUCACAACCUCGAAAAGCAACAAUUUGCCAAUUAUGACGGAACAACAGCAACCGGUAACGACAGAAGCGACAACGACCGGUUUAUCGAGCUGCGAAACAGCGGGAAAUUUAACAAUUGAAGCAGCAGCUACGGCGUUUCCAAAUCUUCCUGUGCCAACACCAUAUAUCAUGCAUCCAGCGAUGCAAACACAAACACCUGGACAACCAACUACUCCUUGGUGGAUACCUACAGACGCGGACACUUCCGAUCUUUAUGCACGAUGGUACGACACGACCUACAAGACGACAGCUGCGGCGGUCGCAUCACCGACGAUAUCGGUUUCCAACAAAGCUAAGAACAAAUAUUACAAACGCAAGAACGAGUUCAUCGAUCCCGCUCAAGAUGCAGAGAAAGUCGCAAGCGCCCAGAGGGAACUGUCAGCAUUAAUGAAACCGCUGAAAUGCGAUCUGUGCAAUGCAGUUAUGAACUCCACGUUGCAAGCUAAGUUACAUUACGAUGGAAAGCCACAUCAGAAAAAAGUAUCGAUGUUUCUGAAUCAAAGCGUAAAGAAACAGAAAACGGAAGACGGCCAAGUCAGUAGUACGACCAGCGAUUGGCAAAAUUAUUGUGAUAUUUGUAAAACGUGGUUCACGUCGCAAACGGAUGCGACGCAACACUACGCUGGUAAAAAACAUAUUAGAGCAGUAAACGGGGGACGUCGUGCGAGGCCGUCGAAGAAGUCGCAAAAUCAAAAUCAGUACAGUCAAAUAGAUCCCACCGGCCGAUUCGGGAUAGGAAUGGCUUUUCAGGCAGAAGUGCAAUCUACACCGGCACAGCCGGUAGUACCUGACGGUACCAAUGCGGUACCUACACCAGGAACGGGGUCCAUCUACACACCGCCUCCUUAUCCAACGCCAUUGCGUUGCGAUCUUUGUGGGGUUUCCGCUAAUCGGCAGGACCAAUUGGAAACGCACAAACGUGGCGCUAGGCAUUUGAGAAUGCUUAGGUUGAAUGGAUUACCCGUUCCCGAGCCUGCUACCGAGAGCGAGGCGAUACCCGCCACUCCUGGGCCUAUAGAUUAUUCCAUUUACCGAACGCCAUCAGGCCAGUAUUAUUGCGCACCGUGUAAUCUAUCGUUAAAUUCCGAGAGUACGUUUGCUCAACACGUAGAGAGCAAAAAGCACAAGAAUCAGUCGAACCCAAAGUCGCCGUCUAACGCCGUGGUGGUGUCGAAGAAAGCUAGAUUCAAGAAGAAAUAAGGGGUUGGGGACGUGGCACGCCGUGCUAUCCAUGCACGUUAUUUCUUCUCGUCUGUCCAUUGUUUUCACUGAAAACACUUUUCUCUCAUUUUUUUUUUUUUUUUUUGUAUCAAAAGCAGAUGUAUUGUCGUUGUAUCGAAGGCAACGUACAACGAUCUGUGCCUAAAGAUAAGAAAUAAAACUCUUGUUCGAUACAGAU